AUGGCGGCGGGCGGUGCGGAGGGCGGCUCGGGCCCCGGUGCCGCCAUGGGGGACUGUGCUGAGAUCAAGUCGCAGUUCCGCACCCGCGAGGGCUUUUACAAACUGCUGCCCGGGGACGCCACCGCACGCAGGUCGGGGCCGGCUUCUUCCCAGACCCCGGCGCUGCCGCAGCCGCCGCCGGCCGUGCGCCUCAGCCUCGUGCGGCUCGGGGAACCGGACGGCGCCGGAGCCGGGGAGCCGCCCGCCACGCCCGCGGGGCUCGGCGCGGGGGGAGACCGCGUCUGCUUCAACUUGGGCCGCGAGCUCUAUUUCUACCCGGGCUGCUGCCGCCGCGGGAGCCAACGGUCCAUUGACCUGAACAAGCCAAUCGACAAGCGAAUCUACAAGGGCACCCAGCCCACUUGCCACGACUUCAACCAGUUCACAGCUGCCACAGAGACCAUCUCCCUUCUCGUGGGCUUCUCAGCAGGCCAGGUGCAGUACCUGGAUCUAAUCAAGAAGGACACUAGCAAGCUGUUCAACGAGGAGCGGCUGAUUGACAAGACCAAGGUGACCUACCUGAAGUGGCUGCCCGAGUCGGAGAGCCUGUUCCUGGCCUCGCACGCCAGCGGCCACCUGUACCUGUACAACGUGGGCCACCCGUGCGCCUCGGCGCCCCCGCAGUACAGCCUGCUGAAGCAGGGCGAGGGCUUCGCCGUCUACGCCGCCAAGAGCAAGGCGCCCCGCAACCCGCUGGCCAAGUGGGCGGUGGGCGAGGGACCGCUCAACGAGUUCGCCUUCUCGCCCGACGGCCGGCACCUGGCCUGCGUCAGCCAGGACGGCUGCCUGCGCGUCUUCCACUUCGACUCCAUGCUGCUGCGCGGCCUCAUGAAGAGCUACUUUGGGGGCCUGCUGUGCGUGUGCUGGAGCCCCGACGGGCGCUACGUGGUGACGGGGGGCGAGGACGACCUGGUCACGGUGUGGUCCUUCACCGAGGGCCGCGUGGUGGCCCGUGGCCACGGCCAUAAAUCCUGGGUCAACGCCGUGGCCUUCGACCCCUACACCACCCGCGCCGAGGAGGCGGCCACCACGGGCAAUGCGGACAGGGACGGGGACCGCAGCGGGGAGGAAGAGGAGGAGGACCCCGAGGCGUCAGGCUCGGCCGGGGGCGCCCCUCUCUCCCCACUCCCCAAGACCGGCUCCAUCACCUACCGCUUCGGCUCGGCCGGCCAGGACACACAGUUCUGCCUGUGGGACCUCACGGAAGACGUGCUGUACCCGCACCCGCCGUUGGCGCGCACCCGCACCCUGCCCGGCACCCCCGGCCCCACAUCGCCGGCCGCCAGCAGCUCGCGGGGCGGCGAUCCCGGCCCAGGCCCCCUGCCCCGUUCGCUGUCCCGCUCCAACAGCCUCCCGCACCCCGCUGGCGGCGGCAAGGCGGGGGGCCCAGGCGCAGCGGCGGAGCCGGGCACCCCGUUCAGCAUCGGCCGCUUCGCCACACUCACCCUUCAGGAGCGGCGCGACCGGGGCACCGAGAAGGAGCACAAGCGCUACCACAGCCUGGGCAACAUCAGCCGCGGGGGCGGCGGGGGCAGCGGUGGCGACAAGCCCAGCGGGCCCGCCCCGCGCAGCCGGCUGGACCCCGCCAAGGUGCUGGGCACCGCACUGUGCCCGCGCAUCCACGAGGUGCCGCUGCUCGAGCCGCUGGUGUGCAAGAAGAUCGCCCAGGAGCGCCUGACCGUGCUGCUCUUCCUGGAGGACUGCAUCGUCACCGCCUGCCAGGAGGGCCUCAUCUGCACCUGGGCCCGCCCGGGCAAGGCGUUCACAGACGAGACCGAGGCCCAGGCAGGGGAAGGAAGUUGGCCCAGGUCACCCAGCAAAUCAGUAGGAGAGGGCAUCUCCUCCCAGCCCGGCAACUCCCCAAGUGGCACAGUGGUGUGA